ACCAGCUUGUUUCACGCCCUAAAUUAACUAAAAUAUAUCUACCAUUAUUCCAGACAAAACGACGUCGGUUGGUGUGUUUCACGCCGGCUUGGUGCUCUAGGCAUCUAUCUGAUUCUCACUAUCACUACUGACACAAAUCCUUUUCCUUUUGUUCCUCUUUCUCUAAACCAAUCUUUAAAACAACUUAUUCGUCUUCAAGAUUUCUCCAACAAGUCCUACCAUGUCCGGCGAAGGAGACACGACCCUCAAAGCUAUCUGUUACAAGCCUGGCUCUCUCCAGUUACUCGAUCAGGUUCUCUCUUUCACUUCUAUAAAGUUUUCAAAUUUAUACUUUUUUUCCUCAAAUCUGUUUACUCGUCUGAAUUGGAACAGAGGAAGCUUCCUUUAGAGACUAUUUACUUAGAGAUUCGUGAUGCUUCAGAUGGAUGGAGUGCUAUUCAGGAAAUGGUUGUACGUGGUGCUCCUGCUAUAGCUAUUGCUGCUGCUCUUUCUUUGGCUGUUGAAGUUUUCAACUUUCAUGGUUUUGAUGGAUCAGCUUCAGAUGCUGUUGCUUUUCUUGAGAACAAGUUGGAUUAUUUAGUGUCAAGCCGUCCAACAGCAGUUAAUCUUGCAGAUGCUGCUUUGAAACUUAAACAUGUUAUAGCAAAGGCCUUGGCUACUGCCACCGAAGCCAAAUCCAUUUUCAAGGCAUAUAUUGAAGCUAGUGAGGAUAUGCUUGAAGAUGAUGUUGUUUCAAACAAAGCUAUAGGAAACUUUGGUUUAAGCUUGUUGAGGCAACAAGCCAAGAAUCCUGAUAAGCUUUCUGUUUUGACCCAUUGCAACACUGGCAGCCUUGCUACCGCCGGAUAUGGUACUGCCCUCGGUGUCAUCCGUGCACUCCAUACUCAAGGAAUCUUAGAAAGAGCAUACUGCACAGAAACUCGUCCAUUUAAUCAAGGAUCGAGGCUUACAGCGUUUGAGUUGGUGCAUGAGAAAAUCCCUGCAACUCUCAUUGCAGACUCAGCUGCAGCUGCACUGAUGAAAGAUGGUCGUGUUGAUGGUGUCAUCGUUGGAGCUGAUCGUGUGGCUUCAAAUGGCGAUACUGCUAACAAGAUUGGGACUUACAGUCUCGCCUUGUGCGCAAAACAUCACGGGAUCCCAUUUUAUGUUGCUGCACCUCUUACCUCAGUUGAUCUGUCACUUUCAUCCGGGAAAGAAAUCGUGAUAGAGGAAAGAUCUCCAAAGGAGUUGAUGCACACACACGGAGGACUUGGUGAACGCAUUGCAGCACCAGGGAUCUCAGUUUGGAACCCAGCUUUUGAUAUGACUCCAGCAGAGCUGAUUGCAGGAAUCAUAACCGAGAAAGGGGUCAUAACAAAGAAUGGCAAUGAUACAUUUGACAUAAGCAGCUUUGCCAAGAAGAUAACAGGAAACUCAUCUCGUUGAAGUUAGAGUCAGCAUUGCGACUUGCGGAUGUUCCCCUCUCUCUAUAUACUUGCAACAAAGCAAAUUACUUUGUAAUGUUUGAGCUACUAAGUACACUGUGGUAAAAAUUGUCAAAAAUAAGAAAUAAUCGAUACGUUUUAGCCAAUUGUAGGUAGCCAAAAUGCUGGUCUUGGGUUUAAUGCUAAUGAAGAUUGGGAAACAACUUGUUUUAGUGUAAAACAACUUGUCCAUGGGCUUGCCCGGUCCAUCUUGACUUGGUUCUUAUUUCUCUAUUUUUUUAAGUUUAAGAAAAGAAUACCGUUUCUCCUAC